AUGGCUACUACUAUUCAAGAAAAAAACGACUUAGCCACCGAUCCUGAACGUGAUGCAAAUACACUGGUUUCAGCUUCUCGUUCUGAGUACACUGAAACUACAAAGUUUAAGGACCCUCAUGAUCCCCUUCAGUGGUCUUGGAAGAAGAAACAUCUUAUUCUCGUGGCAAUUUGCUACAUGACCUUCAUGACCGACUUUCUCGCUGGUUAUGGUGUACCCAUGAUCAUCCCACAAGGUAAAGAAUGGGGCAUUAGUUCAGUUGAUGCUUCACGUUCUUUAUCUGGAAACACUUUUAUGCAAGGUUUUGGUAGCUUGGUAGCUGUUCCCUUUGCCCAGCGUUAUGGAACCUUACCGGUCAUGUUCUGGAGCACACUGAUGACAUGCUUUAUGACAAUUGCAUGUGCUACUUGUCCAACGUGGCUUGGUUUCAUUGCUGUUCGAGUUCUUCAAGGCUUUUUUGCAGCCUCCGCUCAGGUGCUCGGUUUGACCGUUAUUCAGGACAUUUUUUACUUCGAGGAACAUGCACGCAAAAUCGGGAUUUGGGGAUGGUCGAUUCUCAUUGGCCCAUACUUUGGGCCAUUUCUCUCCUCCAUGAUUCUUCACAACCUUCAUUGGCGUGAAAGCUUCUGGAUUGUUGUUGGCAUUGUAGGAUUUGGUUUACUCUUGGUGAUCUUCCUCAUGGAGGAAACAACAUAUGACCGUGUUGUCCCCGAGAAUAAUCCACCUCAGCCAGAGGGAUGCUUUAAACGGAAGUUGUUCGCGCUUGUAGGCAUUACCGGACAUCGUAUGAAGGGGAGACCUAGUUUGUGUCAAGGAACAUGGGAGUUGAUAAUGGUAUUCGUCAAGCCUCAGUUUUAUAUGCUAUUCAUCUACCAUGGAAUCACCUUUAUGUGGAGCGUUGGAAUCAAUGGUACUCUCAUUCUUUUCCUUGUACCAGCUGUACCAAAGGGUUAUGGGUUUGGUUCUAUCGCAUUGGGCUUGAUUUAUUUCGCACCUAUGACUGCCGUCGUUAUUGGUGAACUCUGGGGCCAUUUUUUCAACGAUGCUCUCCAAUUACGCUCCAUUAAGAGAAAUAAGGGAAUCUUUGAACCAGAAUCACGGUUGUGGGCAUUGUACUUCUCAGUUGGCAUUAUGUGCAUCGGCUUGGUUCUUCUCGGUGUGGGACUUGAUCGUCUAUGGCACUGGGGUCUUAUUGCAUUUUUCUGGGGUCUUUUCAUAUUUGCAAUUAUGACAUCUACUGUCACUAUUUCUGCCUAUGUUCUUGAUUGCUUUCCCCAGCAAUCAGCCGCUGCAUCAGCGCUCCUAAACUUCACUCGAGUGCUCUUCGGCUUCACUGUGGCCAUCAUCUGUGUCGCUGUCUUUGCCAUCGUACCAAUCGUCCAGAAAUACGGCAAGGGCUGGAGGAUAGGCACCGAUAUGAGCCCCGAUGCGAUCAAUGUGAAGGUUGAAAAGUAA